GCGUGGCUGGGCGCGGGAGCGGCUCUGCCGGGACUCGAAGAAACGCGAGGUGUCCUCCCAGCCUGCUUUUCUACAAGAUGUUGGGGUUUUUGCAGCGCCCUGUGGUGGUGACGGCUGACAUCAACUUGAACAUCGUGGCUCUGACUGCGGUGGGGUUGCUGAGCCGACUGUGGCGACUGGCCUAUCCAAGGGCUGUGGUUUUUGAUGAAGUAUACUAUGGGCAGUACAUCUCUUUCUACAUGAAGCGGAUCUUCUUUUUGGAUGGCAGUGGACCGCCGUUUGGCCACAUGCUGCUGGCCUUGGGAGGUUAUUUAGGAGGAUUCGAUGGUAACUUUUUGUGGAACAGAAUUGGAGCAGAAUACAGCAGCAACGUGCCUGUGUGGUCUUUGCGCCUGCUGCCAGCCCUCGCAGGGGCCCUGUCGGUCCCCAUGGCCUACCAGAUUUUGUGGGAGCUCCGCUUUUCUCAUUGUGCCGCCAUGGGAGCUGCUCUGCUGAUGCUUAUUGAGAAUGCUCUGAUCACUCAGUCAAGGCUAAUGCUUUUGGAAUCAGUGUUGAUAUUUUUUAACCUCUUGGCCGUGCUGUCCUACCUGAAGUUCUCCAACUGCCAGAAACACAGGCCCUUCUCUCCGAGCUGGUGGUUCUGGCUGGUGCUGACGGGCGUGGCCUGCUCCUGUGCGGUUGGCAUCAAAUACAUGGGUGUUUUCACGUACUUGCUUGUGCUCGGAGUGGCUGCCGUCCACGCCUGGCACCUGAUAGGAGACCAGACUUUGUCAAAUGUCUGUGUGCUCUGUCACCUGCUCGCCCGGGCAGUAGCUCUGUUGGUCAUCCCGGUCAUCAUGUACUUGCUCUUCUUCUACGUCCACUUGGUUCUGCUCUGCCGCUCUGGGCCCCACGACCAGAUCAUGUCCAGUGCUUUCCAAGCCAGCUUGGAGGGAGGGCUGGCUCGCAUCACGCAGGGCCAGCCCCUGGAGGUGGCCUACGGCUCCCAGGUCACCCUGAGGAACGUCUUUGGCAAACCUGUGCCCUGCUGGCUUCAUUCCCACCAGAACACCUACCCCAUGAUAUACGAGAAUGGCCGCGGCAGCUCCCACCAGCAGCAGGUGACCUGUUACCCCUUCAAGGAUGUCAAUAACUGGUGGAUUGUGAAGGAUCCCGGGAGGCAUCAGCUGGUGGUAAAUGACCCGCCGAGGCCCGUGCGGCACGGAGACGUCGUGCAGCUGGUGCACGGCAUGACCACCCGCUUCCUGAACACGCACGACGUCGCGGCUCCCCUGAGCCCCCACUCGCAGGAGGUCUCCUGCUACGUCGACUACAACAUCUCCAUGCCCGCCCAGAACCUCUGGAGGCUGGAGAUUGUGAACAGAGAAUCCAGUACGGACGUUUGGAAGACCAUCUUGUCAGAGGUUCGCUUCGUGCAUGUGAACACGUCCGCCAUCUUGAAGCUGAGUGGGGCGCACCUCCCCGACUGGGGCUUUUGGCAGCUGGAGGUCGUCGGGGAGAAGCUGUCCCCGGGCUACCACGAGAGCAUGGUGUGGAACGUGGAGGAGCACCGGUAUGGCAAAAGCCAGGAACAGAAGGAGAGAGAAGUGGAGCUGCACUCACCUACUCAGAUGGACCUCAGCAGAAACCUGAGCUUCAUGGCCAGAUUCUCGGAGCUGCAGUGGAGGAUGCUGACGGUGAGAAGUGACGACUCAGAACACAAGUACAGCUCCACGCCACUCGACUGGGUCACCCUGGACACCAACAUCGCCUACUGGCUGCACCCCACGACCAGCGCUCAGAUCCACCUGCUUGGGAACAUCGUGAUCUGGGCUUCGGCCAGCCUCGCCACGGUGGUGUACACUCUGCUCCUCUUCUGGUACCUGCUCAGACGCCGGAGGAAUAUCUGUGACCUCCCUGAGGAUUCCUGGCUGCGCUGGGUGCUGGCCGGGGCCCUGUGUGCCGGUGGCUGGGCCGUGAACUACCUCCCCUUCUUCAUGAUGGAGAAGACGCUCUUCCUCUACCACUACUUGCCUGCGCUCACCUUCCAGAUCCUCCUGCUGCCUGUGGUGCUGCAGCACGUCAGCGACCACCUGUGCAGGUCCCAGCUCCAGAGGAGCCUCUUCCGCGCCCUGGUGGUGGCGUGGUACUCCUGCGCCUGGCACGUGUCUAACACGCUGUGCCCACUAACCUACGGGGACAAGUCGCUCUCACCCAGUGAACUCAGGGCGCUUCGCUGGAAGGACAGCUGGGACAUCUUGAUCCGAAAACACUAACAGGACAUAGACACGGUGAAGGGGGUGGGGGCUGGGGUCAGGACACGUAGACUCGUCCUUUAUGAAUACGUUUACGUCUGACAAGCAGAGUGGCUCUAAGCUUGGUGGAGACUGGCCAGGCUCGGCAAGGAUUCUCUUCUGGUUUCAUUCUUGAAACAGCCCUCAGAUAAGCACCUCACCUCCAGCAGUUUAUUUCUUGUGUGCAAUGAAGAACACGCCCUCUGUGUCCACUUGCUCCUAAGAGCCCUCUGAACUGGGACACGAGUGCUGAGGGGCUAGUGUGGGACUCUUGAUGGAGAAAGGCAGGAAGGGAGCUGGCGGCGAUGGGCAAGUUAGGGCUGACCCAGACAAGGCCCCAGUCUCGCCGACAGAUGCGGGUGU